AUGCUCAAACGAGCAGGCCGAGGACAUGAUCCAGCUAGUGUGGUGAAUAUGCAAAGCGGCGAAUGCGCUGUUUUAUGUCCCACUUGCCCUCAGCCUCUUGAAAACCUUCCAGACAACUGGAAAGAUGUUCUGAAUGACAAGAGGUCUAUCAACACAAACUUCCGUCUCAAGAGAUGUAUUGUGUCUAAAGAUACUACAGACCCUGUGCUCAGUCACGGAUGGGCAUACUUUGUAGAUGAGAUGGCAUAUAAGGUAUACUUGCAAGGUCAUGCUGGUAAGCCACAGGAGGGACUUGCUGCAACUGAAGUGGGGACGAUAGAUUGUGCACAGCACAAUGUGAAGUUGCCCAAUGGUGUCGGAGACUUGCAGAAGGGUGAAAGAUACAGUAAUAUGGAUUAUCUGUUUCUGUCAACCCUCUGUGGACACUGUUGGCACAAAAACCUUUGGGAAUGCAUGUCUACGAUGCCUCCAAGCCUCCAUCUGGACCCUCUUACUAAACUCAUCAGUUUCUCGUGCCUUUGCUCACUUAUUCAUUGCCAGAUUUUUGUCCCCAAAUUCCAUCUGCUGGCGCACAUUUUCAAAUGCCAAACUACGUAUUUGCACAACACUACUCCGAAAGAUGGGCGAGGCUCAUGA